AAUUGAAUCCCACUCUGGAAGCCGUCGGCGCGCGGCGUACUCACUCACACCUUCACGCAUUCACUCCCUCUCGCUAGCUCGAGCUCUCCUCACGCCGUCACUCGGGUAUCUUGCGGGGGGCUGAGAGUGCGCAGUGCGGCCGGCCCACCCGGGGAGUGGUUCCGCUCUUUGCCGUCAGUCACGCAGCCCGAGGAAGGCGCGUACGCAUCCCAGACGCGAGCGGCGCACGUCGGCAACUUGACCGCCAGUCCCGAGCCAGACACACGCGCACGCACAAGUUGGUGGACUAAUCUCGCUCCAGUGGAUUUUCCCCUGACGUUCACCUGUUCCGGCGCGCGCAAAAAUGGCGAGAGACGGCGCCCGGUCCUCGUUUUGGUCCGCCCCGCGGCUGCCGCUGCUCCUGGCGGUGGCCGGGCUGCUCAUCGCCGGCCGAGGUGUCGGCGCUCAGAAGGUGCGCGUGGAGGUGGAGUUGGAAGCGUACCCCAAUGAGUCGGUGGACCUGCGCUGUCAGUUCAUUGAUGGAGGAGGCAAAACCAAACUCACCCAGGUGUCAUGGAUCUGGGAGCCUACUGAGGGCCAGAGAGACAACAUCGCUGUGUACCAUCCCUUCUACGGCCAAAGUUUCCCCAACUUAUCCUUCAAGGACCGCGUGAUCUUCCUGCAUAACAAUUUGGAGAACCCAUCCAUCCGGAUCUCAAACCUUCGCAUGUCUGACGCCGGCCGCUUCACCUGCGAGUACGCCACGUACCCUUCUGGCAACGAACAAGGCACUACCACGCUCAUCAUGCUGGCCAAACCCAAAAACUCUGCCAACGUCGUGACAGUGCAGGCGGGCACCAAGGCGGCAGUGGUUGCGCAGUGCCAGGCGGCCGACGCCAAGCCGGCGGCAACCAUCAAGUGGCUAUCGUCAGUGGGCGGCAACCACACCACCAGCAGCACCAACGGGCCCGACGGGACGGUCACGGUGCGCAGCGAGUACCGGCUAGUGCCCACGCCUGCAGACGAUGGCCGGGAGGUCACGUGUAUGGUGGACCAACGCACGCAGGACAAAACCUGGACGCACCAUUUAAGGCUGUCUGUAGAGUACCCUCCCUCCGUCUCCAUCGAGGGCUACGACCACAACUGGUACAUGGGCCGUUCGGAUGCCACGCUGGUCUGCACGGCCGAGGGCAACCCGCAGCCCACUACUGUCACCUGGACCGCGGCCUCGGGCCCGCUGCCAGACUCGGUGCUGGUGGACGGCAACAAGCUGACGGUGAGCAAGGUGGACGACGCCGUCAACACCACCUUCAUCUGCGAGGUCAAGAACAAGCACGGCGCCGCCAAGGAUCAGAUCACCACCCUCGUCAUCGAAGCUCUGGAGGACCCGUCCAGCACCGGCAUAGUGGCGGGCGCCGUGAUCGGCUCCCUCCUGGCGUUGCUCUUGGUUGUGGCGCUGGUGGGCGUGCUGGUGACAAGAGGCCGGCGCCAGCACCGGCGUGGCGGUGGCGUGGACUCGGUGGCGGCGGGCAGCAGCGGCAUUGGUGGCAGCAACAGCACAGACUACGGCAACAAGGCCCGUCUUCUCUUCGGCGGUGAGGGUAAAAAUAACAACGGGCCCGCAUACACGUACCGCGAAGGCUGCGACAAUACUGGAACUCUGACAGAGAAGGCCAACGACUUCCACCACCACCUCCACCACCAUCCUGUCAAGCCCUCCCCCCACGACAUCCUCCUAGACGAGGCGGAGAGGAGGAAGUUUGACGACAGCCUGGAGGACGACGAAUGCUAUGACCGAUUCGAUGGCGGGAACGCUUUCCCUCCAACCUAUCGCGACCAGGAGGCCGUGUACCUGGAUGACGACAUGGAGUCUCAGCGGGACGGAUCCGUUAUUUCCCGGACGGCCAUUUACGUGUGAUGCGGCGAAAGAACAGUCGCAAAACCCUGCCUGGUUGUACUUUGAAACGGCAGAACAUGUUGGAAUGUGACUGGACAAGCACAUCAACGCUUCAAUAUGGACGCCGCUUGUCGCUGUGUUCUCGUUUCUUGAGCUUUGCGAGUGGUCCUGUGACUUGGUAUUUGAUAUCUACUGGAAACGUCGUCUGCGUACAACAAGAAACGCUUUCUUGCCUUUUUUGUCGGCCUCUUGUGGGAGGAGCAAUGGCGUGUGUGCUAGUAUGUGGCUGCUGUGAUGUUAGUGGCAGAGGUGGGGGACUCAAGUCACCAAUUUUAGGACUAAAUCUUGAAAGACUUGACAUGACUUGGACUUGAACUACAUGUGUCUUACCUUUACAUUCCAAAAUCAUUUCAAGAUAUAUGUGUGCCAUUUGUUGUAUAUAUAUCAUCAUUUUAUAAUUUGUCCGAAUCUUAUUGUCGGUCUGGCUUAAUUUGGAGACUAUGAAUUGCUGUAAAUCUUGGCCAAAAGAAGAACCAGUUUAUAUUUUUUUAAGCGAUUGGUCAAGAAAUGACCUUAAAAUUGGUAAAAAUGAUUCCAAACUCAAAUAAUUUUUUUUGUUUAGACAGCCAGGCGUCAACAUGGCUGCGGGAACCAACUGGUCCCCAAUAAUUGAAAGAACAACUUUAUCCAUCCAUCAUCUACCACUUAAUCCGGGGGUGCGUCUCAGGGGCAGCAGCUUUAGAAGGGAAGCCCAGACUUCCCUCUCCCCAGCCACUUCAACCAGCUCCUCCAGCGGGGUCCCAAGGCGUUCCCAGGCCAACCGAGAGACAGUCUCUCCAGCAUGUCCUGGGUCGUUCCCGGGGCCUCCCGCUGGUGGGACAUCCGCGGAACACCUCUCCAGGGGGGCGUCCAGGAGGCAUCCGAGCCACCUCAACUGGCUCCUUUUAACGUGGAGGAGUAGCGGCUCGACACCUAGCCCCUGCCAGAUGACCAAGCUUCUCACCCUAUCAGUAAGGGAGAGCCCGGACACCCUGCAGAGGAAACUCAUUUCGGCCGCUUGUAUCCACGAUCUUGUUCUUUCGGUCACGACCUACAGCUCAUGACCAAAGGUGAGAAUAGGAACGUAGAUCAACUGGUAAAUCAAGAGCUUCGCCUUUUGGCUCAGCUCCUUCUCAACUACGGACUGGUGCAAAGUCCGCAUCACAGCAGACGCUGCACCGAUCUGCCUGUCGAUCUCCCGCUCCCUCUUACCCUCACUCGUGAAUAAAACCCCAAGAUACUUGAACUCUUCCACUUGGGGCAGGAUCUCAUCCCCAACCCAGAGAGGGCACGCCACCCAUGGUCUCAGAUUUGGAGGUGCUGAUCUUCAUCCCAACCGCUUCACACUCGGAACUGAGAACUGGAGUGGUUCUCAGAACAACUUUAUAUUUUGGAUUAGUGAUUAGUACAGAAAUAAAUGGCACAAACAAAGUAGGUAAAAAUAUUGCAAAGUUAACAAGGAAAGCGUAGCUACGUGGUAUGCAUUUUAUAAUAAUAGGCAAACCUCCUGGCGCAAAUCGUGUCUAUAAACAUUAUUUGUGUGUGGCCAUACUGCAGCGAGCGAAGGGGCGGGACUGUGCACAAAGGCUGGAGCGGGUGCACUCGUCAGAGAAAUGCAAUAUGAUCAUGUAAAAGUAAGAAGGAAGUAAAGUAAAAAGUAAAGGCUACGUCUACACUAGGACAGAUCAUAUUCUCCUGGGUAUUUUGCCGACCAUUUUUAUACUUGUCCACACUUACGUUUCAGGUGUGUUUAAGGCCCUCCGCUUCUGCAAGGUACACCUGCAUUUGCGCAACGCAUACGUUGAAAGGAGCACACAUGUGUUACAUCAUCGCCAGUUGUGGACUUGGCCAUUUUGGGGCCUAAGGCGAACAUAUCCAGGCGCCCUCUUCAUGGGUCAGGGGUUAAAAAGGUGAGAAGGGUGUGGAGGAAAGAUGUUCUGGUACACUAGGGCUGUCCUAAAUGACAAAUUUUCUCCUGAUUAGUCAGCCGACUAGUUUUACGAUUAAUCGACUAAUCUAAUCAUUUUCUUUUUUUUUUACUAAUUUAGCAAUUACAUUUUUAUUGACGCUUAUUAAUUCACAAAACUAUUUUGGAACACUUAAAUUCUUUAUUAAAGUACGAAUAAUCAUGUAAAUAACAUUAAUAAUCACAAAUAAACAAUGAGGUUAAAUUCUGAUAGCAUUUACUAGUGCAAAAAGAAUGGAAAGGAAACAGAUUCAGAACACUGACUUUGCCUUUUCAACAUUAUUCAAAACAAUUCUUUAAAAAAAUUCUAGCAAUAUUAUUAUAGUAUACUACUAUAUAUACAGUAUAUCCAUUGCCAAUCAUAUUUGUCAUGAAGAGUGUCAUUUGAAAGCUAUUCUUAGUGUAGAAUCUGUAUUAUGUAGUAUUUACUCAACAUAUUAUAAUAUUAAUUCUGAAGUAUGUGGGAUUUACUCCAGAAAUCAUUAUUUAUAUGACAAACAUGACGUGCUUUUCCUGUUAACCAGCUGUUGAGUGUUAUUGUAUGACUGAUUGGAGCUGUACUACAUUAUUUCGCCACAGGGUGUGCUGUCGUGUAUUUUAUGUUCGGUGUGAAGAAGAAGAAAGUUAAAAGAGGCAUUAGAGGCCUGUUCUCAACUUCUCCCUCACUGCACUUUGGUUCUCAUGGAGAGCACGUGCGAACAUGUGUUUGAAAUAAACGAUAGCCGACGUGCAAAGUAGCAAGUGAGCUGUAAAAAUAGCUAGCUUAGUGACGUGAAAACCGCGGGAGAGCUAAGUGAAGCUAACGAACAGCUAAGCAGAGCUAAGUAAUGCUAAAUGGCGCUAAAUGAAGCUACGUGACUGAUAAUCAAUCCGUCGUCAUGGAACAGUCCAUUUUAGUGCGUGUGUGGGGGGGAUAAUAUAAAUGCAGCAUUCAAAUGGCUUUCUUUUUUGUUUUGUUAUUUGUUUGUUUUGUAUGCUGACAUAAUUAUACACGACGAAUUGUUGGGGGUGCUGCUGGCUCCGGUGGCCCAAGCCGUUGCUCGUUGGGGCAAGGGCAGCUGGUUGGGGGCCCUUUACUGGUUGUGGGCCUAAGGCGAUCGUCUACUUCGCCUGAAUAGUAGAUCCGCCUAUGCGCGCGGUUCAUCUCUGAACUGGAAACUCAUUACUCACCGGCGGCAAAUUUCGAACUUACUUCACCUUCACUGUAAUCACUGUUUUUUUCGUGAACGCAUCAUGCAGGGGCAAGAGUGAAGGAAGAGCACAGUCGGCUUUUACGAGCAGUUGCUGAGCUGUGAUUGAAAUAAAUCUUUAGAACACAACGAAAGCCUGUCAUUGUUACUUAGGAUGUUACAAUCGAUGCUCAGUUGCGCUCUCAGCACUUGGAAAAUAACAAAUAUUAGCAUAUGGUGUGGCGCUGCGUAUAUUUCCUGGAAGCCGCAACCAGGAGUGCUUGUGCAUAACAGUGGCGAUCCUGGAAGUGGCGACAGUUUUGAGAGGCAGAAAUGUUAUGGAAAAAAACUGAUUGCUCUCCCCUUUGACUGGGGGUACCACGCAAGUCACUUUUCUGUGUUUUAUUCUUCCUCUACGCAUUUUUAUAUACUCAUGUUCGGUCGGCAUUUAGUUGGGAGGGGCCAACCCCGCAGCUGUCUGAACGGAGAGAACGCGAGUGACGAGUUCUGUGAAAAACGCUCAUUUCCACAUCAUCCGCUAUGGGAGGACCACAAAUGGGCACUGAAUUGAAGCUGAAUUGAAAAUAGUCCAACUAAUUACACGUUUAAGGCCAUUCUCCGUCCUAGUGUAGACGUAGCCUAAGAGACAACAACUACCACCAAUGUCUCCAUUUAUCUGUGUACAACGAUAACUAGUUAACUGGUCAAUGUAACAAAUAGGCAAUUUGCCCUUCACACCGCAAUAUGUUUCUCCUUGCUUUUUCGACACGCUCGUCGUAAAGUGAGCCCAAUCCCAUCUGAAAAUGAGACAAUUUAAGCGGCUGAGCCCCAAUCACAGUGUCUCCUAUCUGCGCCGGAUGAAUCAAUCCAGAAAACGAGGCACUUUAAGCGGCCUCACUAGCGGCUGAGCCCCGCUGUUUUUGCCUCCUAAAGAAGCGGUUGUCAACUCCCAUUCCUACUGAGCUAGAUUGUAUGACUUGACUGAAUUAGUAAGGGACUUGCUUCAUUUUCGCAACAGCAACUUGGGACUUUCUCGAAACUUGAAGGUUAAGACUUGAGACGUGACUUAAUCCCACCUCUGAUUAAUAGCGUGAGUCCUCUCCUAUCUGCUGGGCGUCGUCUCACUAGCGUCGAUGUUGUCGCUGUUGUCAUCGUUGUUGUCGUCGUUGUGUAUUUGUGAAAAGAAGCACUUUCAACAGUUCCACUUAGAGUCACAAAUGACUCAUAGAUACGGAUAUAAAUAUCCACAUGAUAUUUUUUUUGUCCCUCUGUACAUGCUGCUCUAUUUCUGGCGUCCAUCUCGUCUUUAUGUACGCGGCGUCCGGCUUAUCGUCGGCCGCAGAUAACCACGUGGUAUUUACAAAAGCCAAUCUGCGUCUUUGUUUUUCACAUCCUGCGCAAGCAAACCUCAUUCGGUGGCGCUCUCUGGAACAUGAUUCUUUCUAAAUCCUCCUUUACUCUUCUUUUCAACAAGAUUGUGGCUUUUAUUCCAAUUUUUUUCUUUGCUUCCUUUUUGGAGGAUUUGUUCUGACAAAUGCCGGAACAUUCAACAGAAUCCUUAAACACUCGUUGUACGCAUGUGUGAGUGGUGUGACUGCUUAAGCUUUGUAAUUGGUGAUUGCAUACGCUUAGGAUUAGGAUUUUAAUUACAAAUGUAUUGUCCUCCUUUUAAUAUUUUGGGGUACUUGCAAAGUGCUUGCAUGACAUCAGUGAAGUUGGUGUGGCGCAUUCUAACGGGAAUUCCAGUCUCAUUAGAAGCUUCUAAACGGGAUCCUAUUGCACGCAUGGAUGAAGUGGCUCACCCUCCUGCGUGUGCUUGUUCAGCUCCCUGCUGUCUCGUGUCCUUGAGUGGGCAAAGUGGAGGGAUAUUAGCAUUAUGUUAACCACGACCAUCUGGCUUACAAAUACAACCCAAUUUUGCACUCUUUCCAAAACAUCCAAAAUCGCUUCAGUGGUCCAGUGUCGAUAGGCGGAUCUGAAUCUUUAGUUAGCUAAUGAUUUGGGAGACGCAUAUACUGUACAUAGGCUAGAUUUACACUGCAUGCUUGAAGUCACAAAAUAUGUUGUUGGUUUUUUUGCUUUCAACUCAUUAAUGACAGCCCUUCCAUUUCAAAUGGAUUGGAGUCGGGGUGUGCCAAUCACAUAUUUUUGCGUCAGAUCACCUGAUUUUGAGAAAAUACUGAAACCGAAUCCCGAUCUGAUACCUUGGCAAAGUAUUAAGGUGGGGGGGGAAAGCACGUCCAACCAUAAUAGCAAUAUAAAAUGGAUUGUGAAGAAGUGGAAAUUUCCCCUAUCAGUUGCACCACAAAAUAAGGUUGCAAACAAAUUACAUCUCAAUAUCUUGUCUUACCAAAAAAUACCGUAUUGGCCCGAAUAUAAGAUGGUCCUAAUUAUAAGAUGACCCCCUCUUCUUCAAGACUCAAGCUUGAAAAAAGACUUUUUGAACACCAAAUUAAUUUUUAUACAAAAAAUAAUUACAGUACAUCUUAUCUUAAAAGCUGAACCUUAAAACAUGUAACUAACAUGUAAACAUGUAAACUAAAGUGCAAUCACAGUUGUAAAUUAAUGGCUUCUGGUUUUUGAAAUGUAAAUAAACCAAUCUAUUGUGAUAAAACAACAAAAUUGCAAUAACCAUCAAAGUGAGGUCUAACUGUAACUGUAGUCUAGGAACAAAUCUGAAUGAGGAAAAACAUUGCAAUAAAACAAUGCAAACUUGUUAAACUUGAGAGUAGCAGAGAUCUGUCAUGACAGAACAUUACUCAAGUUCAGCAUUCGCUUCAAUGACAUCUGGCGCCAUCUAGCGUCGUGAAUGGGUAUAAUGUCUAGACCGCGAAUAUAAGACGACCCCCACUUUUUCAGUCUUAUUUCAAUGCAAAAAACACCGCUUUAUAUUCGGGCCAAUACGGUAAUAUUGGAAAUAAUUGGUAAUAUUGGAACAAGGAAAUAUCUUAAAAGGUCAACAAAUCCAUUUUACACAGUGCAAGUACAACUGAAGUACUUAACGCCACCUCUAAAAAUAAAUUCAUACAGUACAUUCUAAAAACCACAAUGUUUUUCACCCGAUUACGAUCCUUCGAAAAUAACGUUUGAUUAGGGACAUCUUUAAAUUCUUAGAUCUCAGACCUCUGAUAAUGGAGAAAAUUAUGUAAGCAAAUGCUAGUGUGCUACUACAGGCUAAAGGCAGUGAGGAAGAGUGUAACCUACAGGCAACAAUAAGUCCAUGUUAGGUUUAUCUCAACUAACAUUGGCAAGAAACACAGACAGUGAGGCAGGCUUGGUCUUUCUGGAGAGAAGCUAGCAGCAGAUGUUUAGCUCAAAAUGCUCAGCUUGCGCUGAACACUGCCGCUACUCCCUUUAUUAAAUAAGGGGCAGGAGCAAAUUAACAUACAAUCCUGUACAUUUACUUGUUGUUGGGCAGUUCUACAGAACAUUCACUUAUACAUGUUUACAGAAGACUGGGCUACCCUGAGACCUUGAUUAAGAUAAUCAAUGUUUCAACAACUCAGACUUCCAACCUCUGCCAAAUGACAAAGUGGUCACAUACAGUCAGUUUAAAAGUACAAGAACUGUGCCAUAUACAAAGAUCAUUGGAACAGUUUCAUGUGACAUUAAUGUCUAAGGAAACAUCAAAUCAGAACAAUGUAAGCAAAGCAUAAAAUGAGUUAACAUGUUGUACAAUUUUCCUAACCAGCUGUGAUACAAAAAAUAUUUAAAAAUCAGGCUCCGAGGAUCGAUACAGAUACACUCCAAGAAUCUACCUACAAAAUUUAGUUAUGAUCCAUUCACGAAUAACGAAGGAAUAGAGUUAAAAAUGGUAGUGUAUACACCCCCAACAAGAACAACGACAACAACAUGAGUGGCAACUUUACAGGCUAUUAGCCUGUAAAAGCAAAACAAAAUCAUCCCACUUGCAGGCUCAGCCAUUUUGUGAUGUUUUUAUACCCACAUACAUACACAUGGACAGACUCGAGAACAGGUGCACAAAAUGGGAAUUAAUGACAUAACAUUUGAUUGGCUAAAAUAGCACCAGCAUUGGUAAAAUGUCUGUCCUCAUGUCCAACAGCCACUUUCUUGAAAUACUGGCUUUUAUUUACAUUUUUCUCCACUAUUGCAAAUCAGUUUUCCCCCUACCAAUUAAACAAGAUUCUUGACGACAGGAUAAGCCAGUGUUGUUUUUAGCAGCCCUUUUAAUAUUCGUCUGGACGAAAAUAUGUAUUAGCCUUAGUCAUAUUUUAGUAAUUUGAAAAUGUGUUCGUCUUCGUCUAGUUUUCAUCAAUGAAAACUCAGACAGAUUUUGUCUAGUUUUAGUUGACAAUAACUCAAAAUGUUUUCGUCACUAAACUUCAAAAGUUUUAGUCCAUGAAUAAAUAAAUGGAAAAAAAAUCGCCAACAAUUUCGAAUGAACAUUGACAGACGAGCACAUAAUUGUAGUGUCUAGAAGGACAUCACCAUCUACGUGAUGAUAAUACACACUCAGCAGGAAAAGAGUACAUUAUUUUCAAUUAAUUAAACUCACCUGAACACCAAUAACUGUAUGUAAAACGUUUUCCGAGAGUUUUUAGACGACAAUCACCACGCUAAAUGCUAAUGCGAACGCUAUGCUAAUGCUACAAGUUACAUUUAGUGUGUGAUAAUCACGCAGCACAGACCUUUAAAGGCUAAAGCAACAUGGCAUAUCUAGCCAAGAUAAGAAAACAAAACUUACCAAGCAGCAACUGACAUGUUUCACAAAUGGCAAGUCUGGAGCCUGGAGAGUAAGCCUGGUGAGUAAUCGUGUGUUUUUGGCGCAGCGUGUCACAUGACCAAACACCGCUACGAUGUGUGCUAACUACACACAAAAUAAGAAAAUGUCAUAAAUUGUGAAAUUAUGACGGAAACUAUGGCGAAUUUUUAUCUCGUCUCGUCAGAAAAAAACUGGCAUUUGUCUCAUUAUGUUUUAAUCUCCCAAGACACAUUUUAGCUCGUUGCGUCAUCGUCAUGAAAAAACUGUUCAUCGACGAAAUAUUUUGGUUAUCGUCCUCGUUGACGAAAACAGCUCUGGUAUGAGCAUGAUAAAGGUGUUAUCAUUUCUUUAAUUAUACAGGGUUUCCCCCUAGGAUGUAUUUUGAAGCUGUAGUGGUGGGCUGCAUCGGAGUCGGACAGCCUCACCAUAUUGUGCUACGGUGAAAUUGCGUCAUAUCAUGACAAAUGAGAAUUUUCCUUUUUUUCACAUUUUUCCCCAAGAAGAAUCAUUACAAAGAUUUAUUUGAAAUAUUUCAUUAGCCAGGCUAAUGUCGUAGCUCUCAGCUACGGUACAUGUACGUAAAAUGAGUAGCUGAUUACGGCUACAUUACCCUACGUAAUAAUACUUUUUUUCUCGUAGCAAUAGUACGACUUACAUCUCGUAGUCCGUCUUUUUCCUUUUAUUUGGCCCUAAUACAUACUACAUUACCACAAUAAUAAUAGUCCUUCUGUUAACGGACCCAUUUCAAGGAGAAGGGGGAAAUUCUAAGAGCCGUGUAAAGAGUUUUACUAGUUUCGGUGAGAAGGUAAAUAGUUUUUUUUUGUUGUUCAUUACUACAUUUCCACACAAAAGCACAUAGAGGUACCAUUAACUUAGCAUGGAGAGGUAUGACAGUAAUUUUACGAGUGUCCUAUAGCUUCCAAAACUUGAAAAACAACGCAUUUAUCAAGGUUUCAUCAGCCGUGAUUGCGUAUAUUCGUCUGCCAAAACAGCCUGAUAGCACACAUAUAAGUACGCCUGCCCCUCUGCUAUUGGAUGCGUUGUUGACGUUAGCGCGGCGGCGCGCUGAAAAUACAGCAAGGCUCUAUUUUGAGCCGCGCCUCUCGACACAGAUUUAAACUUGGCCAUCUUUCCAAGACGGCCAUCCACCGCUCACUUUCGGCGAAAACUCCAAUCCAAAAUGGGGGGGAGAAGGAGAGGAGUCGGUAGUGGCUUACCAACUUUAUUGUAGUAACAAUAUUAAAGAAAAACAAUAACAAAAUAAUAGUGGGCUGCCGCAACAGGCGACCGCUAUCGCUCGCUAUCUCAGCCAUUCUUCCCCCAGUCCGAACGUCACUUAAAGGGGCCGCGCCUAGUUCCGGACAUUACAAUACGCAAUGAAUAGGUUGCCGCUGAACCGUUCACACCAGGUUGCCGCUAGUUUGAAACAGCCUUAAAAAAAAUCUCAUUUGCAAGGCGUGGUGACUUUUAUUUUGAUGUGGCGGUGCGCCACAAUCUUUUAUUUGUAGGGGAAACCAUGUGAUAUCCAAUGAGUUGAAAGCAAGUGCAGUGUAAAAUCAAAAAACACUCAUCCAAUCACAUUUAUACACCAGUGAAAUUUGUAGGAGUCUACGCUACUUCUCACUACAAUAAUGUACAUCAUACUCUUUUACAAUAACAUAUUGCACUGAAGUCGAUUGUUGCUGCAGUUCUUAAAGUUUCAACUGAAGUAUCUCCGAGGUGGUAAAAUUGUCAUUUGCAUUUGGAUGAGUAAGGAGUGUGACAAAAAUGUGUGGAAUGAGACCUUGAAUGAAACACUUAUUGGGUUUUUUGGGGAUGUUACAGCUAAGAUGGACUGACACCAACACAUUAGAAAUACAUGAAUUUAAUAAAGUCAUCUACCGUCCAAGAAUCGACAAUUAAAUGUAAAUAAGCGACAUUCGAGGCGUAUGAAACAUUGAACAGGGUUGUAAAUAUGCUACGUUAGAGAUAUGACAUGGCUAUCAUUAAAUGAGUAAAAUGAAGUGUAGUAAUGUGGAGGUGACAUUCCUUUUAAUCGAUCAUGAAAUAUUGAGUCCAAGCCAGCUAAUCGCGAUGUUACACUUAAUAUCUGUAUUAUUUGUGUAUUGCUGUUUACUUCCUAUUGACGCUUGUGUAGUCGUGUACACGCAAUUUGUACUUCUGUGCAUUCGGGUUGGUUCAAGUGCUCUGUGAAUGUCAAAACCAUUAGAUAAAGGGAUUCACUGGGAAUUGGGCACUUGCAGUGUAAAUCAAGCCUUGUUUUCAUAUUUGAACGAACACUUUUGCCUUGUUCAUCUGCUGCUUUUCCUCUGUUGUUUUCAACUUUUUGUUUCUUUAUGCAUUAUGUCUUAUUGUGGAGGAAAUACAUCACGGUGGCUGUAGAAAAUAAAAUGUGUGUGUGUUAUGUGACGUGUUUUGGUCAUUGGAGUAAGUAAAAAAAAAAAAGGGCUGUGUGAGUACUUUGAAAUUAAGUGUCUUUAGUUAAUGCUGUCGUACGGCAUUGGGAGCUGUCAAGACAACCCGGAAUGAUGGUUUUCUCACCUUCUUCGGAGGUGUUUUUCUUGUCUAAUAAUAAAAAUGUGUUCAUCAGCAAGCGGCUUGUGCUCUGUGGGUUGCGCAUGCGAGCGUGGGAAGGUCCGUCAAAAGAAAACAGAGAUGUUUCAGCCUCCGUGAGCUGAAAAGGAGCGAUUAGCCGCUUUAAAACCGUCGCCGAGCGUCGAUUGUUCCUCAACAUCCUCUGUGGGCCAUUUUAUCCAGAACAUUCCGCUGAAACAUCAUCACACAAGUCAAGAGUUUCUGGUGUCAGCCCAAAAGGGGGGGUUGCUUUGACGCCAGCUCUGAAGAAGAGGCUUUGAUGAAGAAACAAACACGUUUCUUAACGGAGUUUAGAGCAUCUUUCACCCGAUACGUGAAAAGAUCCUGACUGAGGCAAGCAGUUUCAUCUCUUUCCAGCACUUACUGUUAUAGCUUUCCUCGGCACGUCUUCUCUCCAGUGGAUUCCCGUGUUCCUUUGUCAGGAAUCACAACUUUGGCACCUAAUUAGCGGCGGAGUCGUGCGGCGAGAUCAGCCGCUAACUUUUGUUUGUUUCCUUGCGAGAGUCGUUUUAAUAAAAGUCUAAGUUUCACGCAAACCUCGCCGGCAAUCAGUGUGAGAAUACCCACAAUGCACCUGUGGCGUUGGUGUCACACAUUUGCAUGAAUCAUGACACCUUAUUGCAAGGAGGGUUUGUUGCCAUGCCUGCUCAAGUGACAGCUGAAAUAAACGGGUAACUUUAGCCUAUUCGUUUUAUUUUCCUCACAGGAUGAAGUCAAGUUUAUUUAUAUCAAACUUAAUCACAAACGAGUUUCAGUUCACAAAAAUCAAUGACACAAAUCAAUAAAAGUGUGUGAAAUUUCCGACACUUAUAUUAUUCGCUAUUCGGCUGCUGAAGAUUCGUGAACGAUUCACACACAUUUAUAUUCCGAUUAUUUAAAUAUGCUAAGUAAAGCAGAAACUUAAACAUAGUCCGUGCGGUCUUCGGGAUAUAAUGAGGGAUAGAGCGAGAGUAAACAUCCACAACUCAUGCCGCUAGAUAAAAAAACCAAUAAUACCUGAAUGGGGCCUACAGCCGCUACAAACAAUGCCCAGUAGCAGUGUAUUAGCAGUGUAUUGACGACGAUAAAACCACAAAAUCAAGCCAGAGCAACCCAUGGAAUCUUCAAAAAUUGAUUCAGCACGACCUAGAUGACACAUAGAUGAGAUUGGAUAGCAGUUUGUGUCACUUCGUUGAUCAUUCGUGGACAAAAUUAUUAACAACGGUCAGCCUGUGUUAACGUGAGGAAUGGAUUGAUACUACGGCCAUUAGUGACCAAAAUGUGGUGAAAUUACAAGUUAUAUUACAUUUGCCGACUGCAGAAGGGCUGACAUGGAUUGUUUUGUUACAAGGAAAUGCUACAAGGUUAUGUACAUAUGAUGUUAACACAAAUAGUAUGUCAUUUUUUUUUUUUUUUAUUGCAGGCAUUGAUCGCAAUAAAACAUUUAGACAUGAUUCCAUUUCUUGUUUUAUUUAAAACGAUUGGUGCACUCCAAAACAGGUCAAUAAAUCACAUUUAUAAAAGUAUUGCAAAAAUAGCAUACGAGAAUGUGAUAUCAGACCGCAGAGCUCCGGAGCCUCGUGAACAAAUAGCGACAUCACGGAGGCCCUCGGCGGCAUUUAGAUGUGCUUUUUUCCCGUCCUCGGUAAUUCCAGCUCCAAUAGCAUAUAUUUAAAGAUGCUACCGUUCACAAGUUCGUAGUUGGAUCACGACGAACCACCGUCUGUCACAAUUCCUGCCUCUCUCUCGGCCUCUCCCGGGAGUCGAGCUUUCAUCAUCAUUGUGGAACGCAAACGAUAUAUGUUCGAUAUAUGUCCAUCAAUGUACAAGUCAAGUUGUCUUCCCUUUUAUAACAGCGUUUCCCAGCGGUAAACAAACGAAUAAAAACUUGUAACACUUGGAUUUAUGCGGUGCAUUCAAACACGAUUAGCAACAGGCGGCUAGCAGCAGUAGCAGAAGCUAGUUGUUGUAAAAAUGAUUAAACGUCGUAAUUACAAUCAUCAUCGUAAUAUCAAUAGCAAAGGCAACAUGUCGUUUCAUGCGCCAGAUUUUAGGUCUCGUAUUUUUAGAGCACAUUACCUUCCAUAACAGCGGGGGCAUGACUGCAGGAGCUGUCAGUUUUGUACAGUCUCCUUCCCUCCCUCCUGUAUGACGAGUACGAGCACCCAUGGUUUGGAAAUCGACAUGGUACGAAUCAUGGAGGCCUUGGCUUGGUUCUCCACCCGCCUACAUCAAAAUAACAUUCCCGGGAUCUUGUAUAAAGACCUUCCAACUUCGAUUCCACCGCCAUUGACUUCAAUGGUAAACAGGCGGAAACGGAAGGGGAAGGAAGACAUAAGGAAGUAAACCGGUACCUCGAAAACUUGUCUAUACACAGGCGGCAAUCUAGUCCACCAAUUGGAUCACGCGCUGGCACACCGGGUGCACCAAUAAGAACCUCGCGUUGAUGUGUCAAUCACGGUGCUGCCGCCAGACCCCGGUGACACUACAAUAUUCUGACAGAAUAGCCAACGACGUCAUGCAUUAAGAGAGACAAUAGCUAAUUAAUAUGCUAACUCGCCACCCUGUGGUCUGGGGUGUGAAUUGCAACCUGUCAAAAUGACGGACGGACUUCAGUUUUUUCCGUCACCGUUUAAAAAAAAACGGUCAACGACGGAAAAUAUCCGGUUAACGCGACCCCUGACUGUAUGUAUACUAAAACGAUGUAUGGAUGUUAAACUAAGGAAUACUUGUCAUGAAAUAAAUAAUUUGGAUAAAACAGAGAAGGCGCUGUAUGGUAAUUGCAAACAGGAGCCGCAGAGCUAGUGCAUGCCUGCGCUCGAGAACGCCGUGGCCAUGCCCUCUUUUUAAUCCUACCCUCCAGCCCUGGCGCCCUCCGCGAGUCCGCAUCCUAGUAUUUCCUUUUUGAUAUGGAGCAGCAAAAAGUGAAAAACAUUUUAACGAUGGGGAAAUUGAAAAGGCAAACAUGCACUGGUAGGAGUGGGGUAUGGAAAGGCUUCAAACUGAUUGUUGAAGAUGCUAUACAAAAACCUGUGUCGGCUUCGCUGAAUGUAAACGAAUGUGGCGUUUUACUCUCAUACGAGCAAUAUAUUGAACAAACUUUUCCAGCGUUAUUUCGUUGUGUAAAUGCAUUUAUAAUGAUCAUAAAAAUAUAUAGACUAUUUAAUAGGGCUGUCAAAAUUAUCGCGUUAACGGGCGGUAAUUAAUUUUUAAAAAUUAAUCACAUUAAAAUAUUUGACGCAAUUAACGCACAUGCCCCGUUCAAACAGAUUAAAAUGACAGCACAGUGCAAUGUCCCCUUGUUACUUGUGUUUUUUGGAGUUUUGUCGCCCUCUGCUGGCGCUUUGGUGCAACUGGUUUUAUGGGCUUAAGCACCCAUGAGCAUUGUGUAAUAAUUAUUGAUAUUUUCCCCCCUCCGUCCUGACCCCCCCACCUCUUCAAUCUCUGCAGCAAUGCUGACAGCACUCCUGUAACGAGUCACAUGACAUUUUGAAGGGGAAAUGGCAAGCAGUACUCAGUUUGGACAUUUAGGGAUGUACGUAUUUACUAAGGGGUGUACUCACUUUUGUUGCCAGGGGUUUAGAUAUUAAUGGCUAUAUUUUGAGUUACUUUAAGGGGCAAAUAAAUGAACUCUUUUAUAUAAGCUGCACACAGACUACUUUUCUUUGUGUCAAAGUGUCAUUUUGUCAGUGUUGUCCCAUGAAAAGAAAUACUUAAAUAUCUGACAGAAAUGCGAGGGGGUGUACUCACUUUUGUGAUACACUGUAUAUCAUGUAUCGGAGCGUUAGUAUGUUGAAGCACUACUGUACUGGCUUUUAUUUACGUUUUUCUACAUUAUUACCCAUCAGAAAAAUCCAACUUUUUCAAUUUAUUAAACAAAUAUUUUUCCUACUGGGACACAUAUAAUACUAUUUGUCUGAUUUCGUGGACCACAAAAAAUGAUGUGGCGGGCCACAUCUUGCCCCUACGAUUCAAGUUUGACACCUGUGAUUGAAUCGAAUGCCAGUUAGUUUAGUGGACGCGUUGAACGGUGGGUACUUUCGAAGCCCCAGUAAAGAUAAUCACAUCCACAAAUAACCAGAUAAAGUGACUUGAGGUCUGCGCCUUUUGAUAAAAGUCAAGAUUGAUCUUCGUACACUCACACGUUGUAGAACAUCUGCCAAAUCCAAGGGCGUCGCUUGGCAGUCACGACGCCAACCGGCGCAUGUUGGGACUCCUGCGAGGGUGGUCUCUUGGAUUUCCAUCUGGAGAAUUUCAAAAAGGGAACAAGUCAAAGGAGAGUGAUUUUGAAAGAAGACCUUAAUUCAAAGAGGAGGUGUGAGGAAGCCAACAAUGAAGUUAAUCUGAAAGCCUUCUAAUCCUCCCUUGGGUUGUUUUAACGCCAGCAUCUGCUGCCUGGUUACCAGGAAACGACAAAUGCCGUUGAAAAUCAGAUCAUCACAUUUAUUUGGACCUGUUCAUGGACAGUGGUCACGAAAGUGGGACACUAUUCAAAAGUUAUCAUUAUCUUAGCUCAUUCACUGCCAGCCCAGGUCACAGAGUACUGUAUGUGUUGUGGUAGUUAGUAAAAGAGGGAAAUUGCGAUUGAGAACACCUAUUCACGGCAGUAAACAGUGAAUCCAUCCUUUGAAAUUUUCUUUAAGUUUUAAGUGGACUUUUAGGGGUUAAAUUCCAAUACCAAAAUAUUUUCAUUUUUUUCAGCAGUGGGCUUUUGAAAUAUUUUUUCAAUUAUGAUUAAAGGUGAAUGUGAGAUACUCAGGAUAAAAGGCUCCACAUGCAUAAAGGGAACAUACAAAUGUGAGAACAUAGCAUUAUUUAUUGUAUUUAGCCUUGAAGCCUUGGACCUAGGCUUUAUGAUUUAAGCAUCUAAUGUAUCUAACAUCGAUAUCACCCCAUAAUAAGCAAUUCAAACGGCAACAAGGGUCGAAAAGCUAAUGGACAGCACACUAGUCAGUAAGCCUGCUGUGUCCAUCAUUCUCGUGGUAGCGUUCGACGGCAAUAUAUGUCUUUUUGUGAUUUUCCGGUAACUUGAGAUGAGAGCAUGAGCGAGCAUAAUCAAAGACAUCAUGAUUUUAACGAGAUGUUAUCGUGUACUUACCUUGUUUCGAUGCAAAAACUCGUCAAGUGUCAAGACACAGCUGUGAAUGGCCACAGCCGGACUUUGUAGGGAUUUUAUGGGUGAAACACGGUAAUAUAACAAGGGUCACGAUGCAGAAAUCACAGACAUAAGGGAGUGGUCGGGAUUUUCUUUUUCAAAUAUUUACACUUUUAAACGUUUUUUUUUUUUUCCAUUUGUUUGGAUCAAUUAUUUAUCAUCUAAAAUAUCGGGGGAAAUGCGACAGUAACAAAAAAAAUGAAAAUGAAUAAUUUUAAAUAAAUAUUAGACAUCAAUUAAUGAUUCAGAGCUAAAAUUAUAGACAUUUAGAAUAAUACAUUUUAUUACCUACCUUCUUUUUAUGGCUGGGUUGAAAAAAAAGUGGUUGUGCGGUGUCUGUAAACUGGGGUCUCCAGGGUAAAACAGGACACAUCAAACUGCUAUGGCAUAUGGACAUAUUGUUCUGUCAAACACAACAGUUCUUUUGGCUUAAAAUACAGCAGUUUAUUUUAAAGAGGGGUGCAAGAGCAGAAACUGCUUUUUUUUUUUUUUUUAAUCGUUUUUUUUUAAUUGCCCAUUGCAAAUUAUGUGCGGGUAACUUUAAUACUACAAUUACAAUACUAAAUGUGGGCUGCAAAAAUUGUCCCAUGGGCCACGAAUGGCCCCUGGGCCUUAAAUUUGAGUCCCCUGUCCUAUAUAAUAUAUUCAAACACAUCUAAUAAAAGAAAAAAUACAUUCAUGCAUAAAAGGUUUAAAGGUAAAGGCUAGAGAAUAAUGAAUCUUGGUCUUUCCUGUCACUAUCACAGUGAAAAGCCCUCUGGGUUAACUUCCUCCAUUAAGUUGUCUUUCCACUUUAGAAGACCUCAAUUAAUCAAGAUCUAAACUACAAUUGACUUUAAAUCACUCCACUUACAAAAAGUCACUGUCCACCACCAAUAGGGGAGCAGUAACUACAGUGGUAUGAAAAAGAAUCUGAACAUUUUGGAAUUUCACACAUUUUUGCAUAAAAUCACCAUCAAAUGUGAUCUGA